AUGGUGAUAACGAAUUUAUCACAGCUAACAGAUCUGUCAGUGGAAGAAUGCUGUGACAAGGGUGUUGAAUGGGCAGUCACAAACAGAAUAUGUGCUUCUCUGCCAUUAAUAUCCGAGUCUAGAGAAUGCAGCAUGACCCAGGUGCAGUGCUGCCGCAGCCAGCUGGAGAAGCAGUCCUGCUCCGACGGGGUUGAAUUUGCCAACGCGCGUGAGGAGUGCGACUCUCAUAUUGCCAAAAAUUCCACCUGUGAGGCCGAAUACUUCAAGACAUGUUGUUACUGUUGUUUGCUGGGAAAGGCUGCCCAAGUUCAAGGACAGAGCUGUGAGCCCAACCCGAAGAUGGGAUAUCAGUGUGGAAUUGUCUUCAGGACCUGCUGUGGGAAAGGCCAAGAAGGCAUUGAUCUGUCCAUCAGUGAUUAUCCUCCCAAAAAAGAGCCAGUUGAAAUUUCAAAGGAGGAACUGGACCAAGAAGAUCCUUAUCUGCAUGAUGGCUGCAGAGGUGGUGGUCCCUGCUCCCAGCAGUGCAGAGACACAGGAUCCAGCUAUGUCUGCUCCUGCUUUGUUGGCUAUCAGCUUCAACCAGAUGGUAUCACCUGCGAAGAUAUUAAUGAAUGUAUCACUGGGACACACAACUGUGGGAUUGGACAGACCUGUGUCAAUACAUUGGGAUCCUUCCGCUGCCAGCGGGACACGAGCUGCGGCACUGGCUACGAACUCACAGAUGACAGUCGUUGCAAAGAUAUUGACGAGUGUGAGACUGGUACUCAUAACUGCCCCCCCGAUUUUAUCUGUCAGAAUACUCCAGGAUCCUUCCGCUGCCGCCCCAAGCUGCAGUGCAUGAGUGGGUUUAUACAAGAUGCACUGGGCAACUGUAUUGAUAUCAACGAGUGCCUGAGCACCAACAUGCCGUGCCCAGCUGGACAGAUCUGUAUUAACACUGAUGGCUCCUUCACCUGCCAGAGAAUCUCACCCAGCUGUGGCCGAGGUUACCACCUCAACGAAGAUGGAACAAGAUGUGUAGAUGUGGACGAGUGCUCAUCCUCCAGCCAGCCCUGUGGAGAAGGGCACAUCUGUAUCAAUGCCCCAGGCAAUUAUCGCUGUGAGUGCAAAGCUGGCUAUAGCUUUGAUGUCAUCAGUAGGACCUGUAUUGAUAUCAAUGAAUGCAGGCGCUACCCAGGCCGCCUCUGUGCUCACAAGUGUGAGAAUACUCCUGGCUCCUACUACUGCACUUGUACCAUGGGCUUCAAACUUUCAGCUGAUGGCAGAUCCUGUGAAGAUUUGAACGAGUGUGAGAGCAACCCCUGCAGUCAAGAGUGCGCCAAUGUGUACGGCUCCUACCAGUGCUAUUGCCGCCGGGGGUUCCAGCUCAGCGACAUCGAUGGCAUCUCCUGUGAAGAUAUUGAUGAAUGUGCUUUGCCCACUGGAGGACAUAUCUGCUCCUUUAGAUGCGUUAAUAUUCCUGGGAGCUUUCAAUGCACUUGUCCCUCCACUGGCUACAGGCUGGCACCCAAUGCACGCAACUGCCAAGAUAUCGAUGAGUGUGUUGCAGAAAGCCACAACUGCUCUUUCAACGAGACCUGCUUUAACAUCCAGGGCGGCUUCCGCUGCCUGUCCUUGGAAUGUCCCGAGAAUUACCGCAAGUCAGGAGACACUGUCAGACUAGAAAAGACAGAUACCAUCCGUUGCAUUAAGUCUUGUCGACCAAAUGAUGUCAGCUGUCUGCUGGAUCCUGUCCACACCAUCUCCCACACUGUCAUUUCACUGCCCACGUUCAGAGAAUUUACAAGACCUGAAGAGAUCAUUUUUCUUCGUGCCAUCACACCUACAUAUCCGGCCAACCAGGCAGAUAUCAUAUUUGACAUUACAGAAGGAAAUUUAAGAGAUUCAUUUGAUAUCAUCAAGCGUUACAUGGAUGGUAUGACAGUGGGUGUAGUUCGCCAGGUGAGGCCCAUCAUUGGACCUUUCCAUGCCAUCCUGAAGCUGGAGAUGAACUAUGUGAUGGGCGGGGUGGUGUCCCACCGCAACAUCGUCAACGUGCACAUCUUCGUGUCCGAGUACUGGUUCUGAGGGACACCCACAGCAAGUG